AUGAGCUCAUCUCAUCAGCAGUCCACAACUGGCUCAGUCCCCAUACCUUCCGUUGCGACAGCCCAGAAAAGACCUGCCCCACGUGGAUCCGCCUCAUAUCCCCGCAAGCGCGCAGUCAAGGCAUGCCAGGUCUGCCGGUCGCGAAAAACUAAAUGCGACAACGCGAAGCCAGCAUGCUCAUUUUGCGUCAAAGUCGGAGCAACUUGUGUUCAGACACCGGUUGACCUAUCCUGCUUUGAUCCGGCCAGUCUGCACAUCUUACAGCGACUCGAUGAUCUGGAACAGCUUGUUCGCGAAGGUAAUACUCAUACCUUCGACCAGGCCGUCACCAUACCAAACCAGUUGAGCGAAAGCUUGGAUCCAGCUCAAAUGCUGCCAUGCCCUAUCGAUUCAAUUCUAGAAUGGAAAAGCUUGAGAGAACUGCUACCACGACCACAAAAUGGUCCGGCAUUUCCGUGCAUCAAAAAGUCGGCGCAUAUGACAACAUCCCCGCCACUAUCGGCACUAGAUGAGUUUGAGCCUCACCGGGUUCGAUCUUUACUUGACAAUUUCUUCAAUUUUGUUCAUGUGAAAAACCCUGUUCUUAAUGAAAAAGAGACAAGAAGAACUGUGAAUCGGAUUUGCCUUCACGGAAUUGACUGGUCGCCAGAUGCUUGUCUUUCGUUGUUGAUUUGUGCACUCGGUACGAUAGCCACUCCCCUCGAUGGCGGGUAUGUGCAUCAUGAUUCAGAUGCUUAUAUGAAUGCCGAGUCUUUCUUCUUAGCUGCAAAGAAAAGAUUGGGGUUGAUUUUGGGCACAUCAAGCAUCAUUGAAGCACAAUGCAUGUUCCUUGCAGGGGUAUACAGCAUGUGCACUUUUGAUAGAAUGACAGCUUGGCGUUACUUCAUGCAAUCCUUAGCUUGCUGCCAGACCUUCCAAUCGCUGAUAGGGUUUAGGCGAGAGUAUGGAGAGCAGCUGGAUGAGGCCGGCCGUCGGUCAGCAGCUGCGGAGCAAGCAAUAUACUGGUCUGCUUGGAAGUCAGAGCGCGAGGUCAACGAAGAUCUCAACUUGCCUGGUUUUUUAUUUUCCGAACUUGACGCUGGAUAUCCGCCAUUAUUCCCUACACCACCGAGCCACAAUAGCGACAUUGCGACAUCACAUGACUCUGAGACAGAGACGCGCGAACACACAUCUUGGUAUUUCUACCUUUCUGAGAUAUCCUUACUGCGUCUCCGGCAUCGCAUGGCCAAAGAGAUCAAGGAAUCGACACCUCAAGUCGGCCAGAGUCAUAUCAACAGCCUUGCUCUCGAAGUCGCCGACCGUGAAGCGCAAGUCUCCGAUUGGGUUUGCGCAUUACCUCAAAGCAUGUCUAUGAACAACCCACCCGAGGAAGACGAGGUAUGUCGAUUUGUUCUUCGCGGGCAUCUUAUCAACGUUUGGGAAAUUAUUUACUGGCCGUUCGUUGAAUGCGCCGUAAAUUCAAACAUUACAAUGGAGGAUGAGCCAUUGUUGAGGGAACUUGCAAUGAAGGGCCUGCAAAUUCACAUGGAACGCAUUCGUGUCAAUCGUCCUGGAUUCGCGCACAGGCAUCAUGGCACCUUUUACCUAAUCAAGUCUUGUACUCAGAGUGCGCUCAUUCUCCUGGCUGCAGCGAGAAGCCGCAAUUUUGUAACGGACGAGGUUGAGACUCCGCUCCACGUUCCCAUUGGGUGGCAGAAUGCUGUAGAAGAAGUCAUUCAGUUGUUGGAGGCUUGGGAACAGGAGUCAGCAGAUCUAUCCACUAUGGCCAAUACUCUCCGCCUCAUGUAUCGGAAUUAUCAAGGAAGGACCUAA